AUGUGCCGUCUGGCCGUCGUGACUAUUCUGGCAGCGGUGCUGCUGGCGUUUGCUGCAGAUGCGGAGUCAAUCAAACAGGUGAGCAUUCUCCAUCGGCACGGCGCUAGAGAUGAACCGCUCGUCAUUGAUGGACAGCUUGUCUGGGAUUAUGCACAUAUGACGCCAAACGGUGAUACAAUGAUGCUGAACUUGGGCAAGGCGCUGCGAAGGGUGUAUGGUGACUUCAUCUCCGCCUUCGAUCCUUCAGUUUAUGAUGCUCUCACGGGGGAUUCCGACCGCUGCAUUCAGUCUGCACAGGGUGUAUUGCAGGCUUUGUUCAAUCAAGGCUCUGAUUUUAUUCCCGUUGUAAAACACGUUCCAAAGGAAGUCGACUGGUUAAUGGAGUUCAACUACAACUUCCCCAACGUAAUUGCCCGCCCUCAGUGGAAUUACGCCUUCCAGAAUAACGAUGCACUUGCGCGAGAAAUGCUUUCUGAGGAUGAUGUACGCAUCCUUGCCGGUGAGUUUGGGAGCUGGUGCAAUGAGACACCUAUGUUGUGCGCUCUUUUUGCUGUAGAUGCCUUGCAAUGCCGUAUUAGUAACACAAACACCACGUCUGAGACACUGCGUAGACUCUUCGAGGAAAAAUUGCUACCUAUCCAGUACGGCAACCUCAAGCACAUCUAUGGGUUCAACCCUACUGAUCCAUAUGCAGUGAUUGGCUCUCCUGCCUAUGCGUUGGCCGUGAAGAUAAUGAGUGAUGCGCAGCGAGGUGACAAAAAGGUGUACCAUUACUCCGCACAUGAUACCACCGUGUUGGGUGCGCUUGACACGUUUGGCAGCAUCCAGAUGGACGAGCUGGACCCCAAGUGGUUUCCACGGUUCGGUGCAGUGCUGGUGGUGACUACAUACAACAACGGUAGUGUUUCUUUUGCCUAUGCUGAGCCGGAGCAGGAGGCUAACUCCAGCCUGGAUUACAUCUCGGGUCUUCCACCCGUGACAGUGCGCUGCCAGGCUGCGGAUGGGAAGGUGUACGUCGCAUCUAUAUGUCCGUUGGACGAUGUCUGGCGUUACGUCAACCGUUCCAAGCCAACUGUGGUGAACCGCUACUGUUAUCUUCGACCAGAGGAUCGGUGUGAUGUGAAGGAUGCUGCUCCAUCUUCCCAGUGCCAAUAUUACCGCAAACACUGCCCCGAAGAUGCGUGUGGCCCCGACGCGGUACUGGACCCUGCACGGGGCUACAUGUGCGUCUCGGUGGCGACCCGGGAAAAAAUGAGCCACUACGCCCUCUCAGCUGCUCUCGCAGGCGUAAUUGGUGCUGCCACCGGCCUGUUGCUCGGCAUCCUCAUUGCCUUCCUCUUGGCCAGGACGGAGGCAAAGGAAGAGCUGCGACGACUUGUUUCAUUGGAGGGCAGGGCGUAA